AUGAUAGAUAGACUGCAAAACCAACUGCUCUAUUUAAACGAUAAAAUUGAAAAUAUAUCAAAUAUACCAAUCUUAAAGCGUCAACAUACAAGAAGUGCAUCUAAAUCUCAAAAUGCCCCUGUCGAAAAUAAAUCCAAUAAACGCAAAAGUGAAGACCUAGAUUUGACGUUACCAAUCCCUUCGAAGAAACAAUCAACUAACUCGCCCCUUGAAUCUUCUCUAUCCUCAGAUUCUUCUAAUCAAUGCUCCGCUACACCUCCCACCCUACACGUAAAUCCCUCUCAACUUCCAGCCCCACCUAUCCCACCAGAAUUAAACCCAAAUUCAUCUGAACAAUCUGCAGCUUCAACUUCCAAUCUUGAUCAGCUCUCUGUUUCAUCGAUCCAGCCUGCAUCAACUCUGACUCCACUUGAACAGCCUCCAGCUUCUACAAUAACUCUGCUUCCCUCCGACCAAUCUACAAAUUCAACGUCAAACCCUGUUCAACUUCCCGUUUCUUCGACCAAACCUUCAUCAACGUCACCUACAGCUGCAUCAAACAUUCCUCCCGCCAACCCAUUCCGUAGUUUGCUCCCGCAUUAA